AUGACGUGGAACACGAGAGAGCGAGGACGUGGAGGGCCCGCCGGCCACUGGCAGGAGCCCAGGAGCAGAGUUCCAGGGAGGCGGUGGGGCAAGGGUGCAGGCGGCUGCUACGUGGGCCUGGCUAAUCGCCUUGUUUCCACGCCAGUCCCCCCGACCUGGGAAUGGGUUUCCUCACACAUGCAGGGAGCGGGAGACCAAGACACAUUGUUGCAAGGCCCAGACAUCCAGGUUGACUCCAAGAAGCAGACAGGCCCCCUUGCUACAAAAGUUCUCUCUUCACAGACCAAAAGGGAGUUCCCUAAGUACCAGAGACUCUGUAUGUUUACAGCUGAUUGUAUCAGACAUGGAUCCCUGGCCAAAGUAUGUUGUAGCAGGAAUUCUCUGCAAGUGAUACAUCCUGUAACUGUAGGCAGAUGUAAUCCCCGCGCCGUGACACCAACAAAGAUUUCCCUUCACGUCGGACACGUUUGCAGCCAUUUUGUUCCCUUCCACAAAGAGGAAGUGCACAGGGAGGAGGGCCGUUCUGGGCCGUGUGCGGCCCUGGUGACGAUCUGCAGUGUUUUCACAGUUCCCUCGGUGCCCUGGGAGCCUCGCCUUGGAAGGGAAAGCAGCCCCGAGAGUUGCGGCCUGGGCUUGGGAUCUGGCACUGAAUCUUCUCAAAGCCCUGUCUCCUCCGUGCUGCCGAUUCGCCCCCCUCGUUGCUUUGAGCCUGGCCUCGCACUCACCUCCAAGACACAUGCUGAGGUCAACUCUGCUCACAUCCAGCCUCUGCUCUGGUUAGUGUUCCCUGGAGCGUGUUCUCAGGGGAUCCUGUUUGUGUUAUUUCCAUCUGGACUGUCAUCUUUGCUCUGUACAUCUGUGAAAAGCCUAUUCUUCCCUCGUGGUGGGAGCACCUUUUCCAGUGGCAACAGCAGCUGGGACAGACUUCUCUUCUGCUGCUUUGGACCUCGGAACUUCAGGCUCUGGACUCCGGGACUUACACUCCAGGCUUCCAGCCUUACACUGAGUGUGACACCGUCGGCUUCCCUGGUUCUGAGGCCUUCAGACCUGGCCAGAGCCGCGACCCCAGCAUCCGGGGUCUCUAGCUUGCAGACAGCCUGUCAUGGGAUUUCUCAGACACAAUGACAGUGAGACCCAAUUCCCCUACUUAGUCCCCUCUCAUACAUCCAUAUACACACCCUGCUCGUUCUGUUGCUCUGGAGAACCCUGACUCGUACAGAUUUGGUGCUGGGGAAGCCAAAUGCCAUUCCUUUGUGUUGUAUUCCUUACAACUCAGUGGAAGAGAUAUGUGACAUGUUUCCCUCGCAGAAAGGCCAUGAUUAAGUGCAUGAGGCUGCUUCAUUGAGAAAAUAAAUGUUUAAAAGCUAAUUAUUAUUGGUGCUGCAAAAGCAUAAAAUUGCUUAAUUGCAACGGCCAAGAAACAACCAGACUUUCAAAUGGACGGUGCAUACUUACGAAAUUGGCAGACCACACUCACUCUCCAAAUAAAAGUGUGGUGUUUUGAAGAUCUCAGAAGUGAAAAUGCAGGUGAAAAAUAGAAGAAACCUCCCCUGCCAAAUUAUUCGAUCGUGUGUGACUUCUGCCCCUUCACAAAGAGUGCCAACAUGGUAUGCUGUGCAUUUCAUCUUCACCUCACUUCCAGUACUGGAGGAAUAAAUUGUGUAAAGACUUUAGAGAGUUAUAAUUUGUUUUAUGCAUUUAUUGCAAAUUUGACACCACAAAAGUG